AUGACUUCUAAAGCUGCAUCUGCGUAUGAAAAAGCAAAAAAGAAACGAGCUACUAUUCGCGCGGUAACAACUAAGCUACUGAAUAAAAUUUCUGAGCAGUUAAAUAAUGAAGACGUUACUGUGGAAGAUUUAAGCACAUUCAAGCUGCAAUUAAAUAGUAAGCUAAAUCAAAUUCAAGUCGCUGAUGCAGAAGUUGAAAACUUAAUCGAAGAUAUGGAUGAAUUCGAAAAUGAAAUAGAAGCUAGCCAAGAAUAUUCAGAUAAAAUUCUAAAUCUUCAGUUCGAUAUUGAAAGCAGAAUUGAAAAAAUUAAGCUUGACUUUGAGAAAGAUAAUCGGUCUACAUUACCAUCGCGAAGUGGACCUUUUCAAACAAGAAGGGUAUCGUCCAAGUUAUAUGAAGGUACAGAAAAUACCAAAUUGAGUCACCAUUCCAGUGUAAAAAUUGAUGAAGUUCUUCAGAAGUUCUGGGAACUGGAAUCUAUUCCUCAGAAAGAAAAGUUAAGCAUUCAAGACGCAAACUGUGAAAAGUUUUACUCAGAAACUACAACUAGAGAUGACACUGGAAGAUAUGAAGUCAAACUGCCAUUCAAGGAAGAACCAAGUCUUGGAAAUUCGAGAGAUCAAGCGAUUGCACGAUUUCUGCCGUUGGAAAAGAAACUAAUCCAAAAUCCUAGCAUGUAUGAUCAAUACAAGAAUUUCAUGAGGGAAUAUUUAUCCUUAAACCACAUGGAAUUAGUGCAAACAGAAGAGAUCAUAGUAGAAGAUCGCAAGUGUUUUUGUAUGCCACACCACGGAGUAAUUAGAGAACAUAGCAGCACCACAAAAUUAAGAGUUGUGUUCGACGCAUCAGCUAAAUCAUCAACAAACAUCUCGCUAAAUGAUGUUUUGCAUGCUGGACCCAAACUCCAAACUGAUCUAUUUUAUAUUCUAUCAAAUUUCAGAAUACACUCCAUAGCUCUUGUGGCUGAUAUCGAAAAAAUGUUCCGAUAA